CUUCUUAAAAUUCAAACGGUUUAGGAGGCCACAGCCCCUCGUUUGUCUUGAGAUGAUGUUAGUGCAGGUUGUCCUGGUCUUGCUGUUUGUGGCCUCCACCUUUGCACAAAAAGAUGUAGUAAUAGACUGUAAAGAUGAUUCAGUCACUGUUAAAUGGAGGCCUGUGUUUAGCUGGGCCCAAAAGGUGGACCCUUCAAAAGCUCGUUUGGGUAGCUGUCCACCCUCAAGUUUGAAUGAAGAUGUGCUGCUGUUCCUAGUUUGGCUGAAUGAUUGUGGCUUCAGAAGACUGAUGAGUGAGGACAAGGUGACCUACACUAAUGUGUUGACAUAUGGAUCAGACCCUGAAGUUCCUCCUGAGCCGGUAGAGUGCAUUUAUGACAUAUCUGGAAAGAGGACUAACUUGGAAAUGAUGGAGGAGGACCAUGUCUUCACUAUGAAGCUUAUGAACAGUGAUUUCAGUGGGCCUGCCCUGUCCUCCAUGUUCACCCUGGGCUCCAGAAUUUCCAUCAAGGCUGAGGUGGAGCAGCAGGGUCUUCAGCAUUUGCAGAUUUACCUGCAGAGCUGUGUACUAGCAACAGCUCCAGACCUCACUCAUGCCAGCCAGGUGCAUACCAUCAUUGCCAAUGCUGGGUGCCUCAUUGAAAGCAAAGAAGGAAACUCCAUGUUCUUGCCAAGACAGAAGCCCUCUGAAAUCCGCUUUUAUUUUCAAGCCUUCAAGUUUGCCUUGGGAGAAACUGUUUUCUUCCACUGUAACAUGGAAGCAUGGGAUCACGAGAGCAUUGGUGACGAUAAAAAGGCUUGCUACUACAUGAAAGAGCAAAGAAGGUGGGAGCUUCUGGAUGAUUCAUACCGAAGUUACAUCUGUACAUGCUGUGACACUGCUUGCAUAAAAAGAACCAGCUUUGAGUCUGGGUCAUCUACAAAGAUGGUUAUUGGACCUUUUACAAUAGUUGAAGCUGCUCAGAACAAUGCAUCAGACACAUACUGGACUGCUGAAGAAGGAUUGAUUGGCGUUCCAGUGUGGGCAGUGGUGGUCACUGUCCCACUAGUGCUGCUAUUAGUGGCUGGAGCCAUUGCAACAGGAUACUACCUGUGCUUUUGGAGAGGUGGAAGACUAGGAUAUCGACCUAGCAGAGAUCUUCUGACAAAAUAUUAAGCUUCUUAAUAAAGAUAAGCAUUCUUAAAGGGCUUA